AACAUCGGACAAUAUAUAGAUACGAUCAACCUUACAUAUACAGCAAAUUGACGCAGUUUCAAGAGUUCAUUAUAAUGGCUGGCCUGAGGUUACUGACAGGUUUCUGUUUAUUAACAUUUCUGCAGAUGAAGAAUCAUAUCUCUCGAGGGGCGUAUCCUGAUUGUAAUUUUACAAAUGGCUUUGGAGGCUGGAUUAACCAGGAAAUGCGUGAUUGGGUCAUUGUUAAUUCAACAAAGACUGAUUUGGGAAUAUUAACAGGAAGACAAGGUGUUGGUGAUAGUUUCGCAGUUACUGGCGAUCACUCGAGAUGGUUUGAGAUGGCAAAGCUGUACAGCCCCAAUAUCACAGGCCCGGUCUGCAUGAAGUUUUAUUUUUACCUAUAUCAAACCAACAACGGAUUUUUGAAAAUACGGACAGUACGGGCAGGAUCAACCUAUGAACAAACUGUUUUCUCUCGCUAUGGAAAUCAUAGCGACAAAUGGAACCUUGCUCAGAUUUACCUGAGUUUUUCUCCAACUGAUGUUUAUAAGGUCGUCAUUUCGGGAAAGAGUGAUUAUGGGAGUUCCAAGAGAAUCGCUAUAGAUGAUAUAAUAUUCCAAAAUCAUACUUGCGAUGAAUUAACCAAAGCUAAUAUCGACUUUAACUGCACUUUUGAAGCAGGCACUUGUGGAUGGGAUUUGAUGAAUGGUCUCUCAAUUUCAUUUUUUGAUCGUGAUCUGAAUCAGUCCGUUGUUGCACUCUAUCAAGCGACGUUAAGCAGUCCACAAAUAUUUGAACGUGAUUCCUGCUUCACAUUUCAGUAUUAUGUAGCCAAAUAUGAUACUAUAUUCACUAACGGUGGGAUCUUUGUAUUCAUUAAGGAUGCAAAUAAUAGACAAAUGCUUCCAGUGUGGAGUAAGCGGGUGUAUUACGAUCGGGGGAAAUGGCACACGAUCCAGAUUAGACUAAGGCAUCAAGAUGGUUUUGAUCAGGUGGAAAUACAGAGCGUUUCUUUUUUCGUGCAUCUUGCGAAUUUCUACAUCAUGUCGGAAGUAUAUUGCAAUGAUUUUGAUGAUCAAAAGACAUUUUUCGUCUCCAUCAAGAAUGAACAACCACUAGAAUACGUUAUUUCUGAAGAUGGCGUCUCUUGUGAUAACUAUCCAGCAUCAGACUUCAUUGCAAGCACAAUCCCGAGCAAAGAUUAUCCUCAACCUAUGUAUUUGUUUGGAAGUGGAUGGGAAUGGCGGCAAACCACAUUGAGACAGAGUAGGGCUGCUCUGGGAGAUGAUUUAUAUGGUUAUUUCUAUGUGAGCCUGACUCCGCGUGAAGACAGUUCUGCAAUAUAUUUCAAGAUAGAAAAUGGAUGGUAUGGACAGUACAUUUCAGAGUUAAGACCCACUCCGCUCGAUGGAAACUGGACAGGAAGUGUUGUCUACGUGAAAGAUCACCAAAGUCGUAGAGAUAAUGGAAAUUGUCCUCCUGGCUACCUCUCCCUUGGCAAAACUGACAAGUGUUUUUGGCUGAUGUGCGAUUAUUCUUCCAAUGUUGAAUCUAGUUGUUCAGAGAAACUCGGGACUCUGGCAUCACUUGACACAGUUAGCAUAAGACGUGGUUCUGAAUAUCUGAAGUACAUCAAAGCUGCAAGUGUUGAAAUCAAACAGGUUACAGUCGGUUUGACAAAAUAUGGCGAUGGGUGGAUUUGGAAGGACGGACGAGUUUAUAAUGACAGCGAUGGUCUACUUAGCACGGAUUACAACACAAAAGUAUAUUUUUCUUGGGAAGACAAAAAUGGUGAAUGGGUACUAAAAAGCGGUCAACCUGAUGGCGUACGACUUCACCUCUGCGAAAAAAUAGGAAAAAACAUUGCGCACAAAUCUGGAUCAAAUCAGUCAAGUACUUUCUCAAGAUUCUCUUCAGGGUUUGCAGUCGAUGGACUUCUUUCCACUUACAGCUCAACAAGACUACCUGAGAAAAGCUCGCCAAAGUCUUGGUGGAAAGUCGAGCUUGGCAACAAAAUGAAGAUCUUCUUUGUGCAGAUAACUUGGAACGCAGAACCAACGAUUGGUAUAAUUACCGUCAGUUUAGAAAGAGACGAUAUUCUACCAAACUUUGUAAAGAAAGUGGAGAUAGGUUGGAGAAUUAGCUUUACAUGCGAGCCACCAUUACCUGCCCGUUACCUUAGGAUUGAGAGAAAAAACGAAGCUCUAAAAAUUUCAGAAGUGGACGUUAUUGCCACAGAUUCAAUCCUAAAUGAUAUACGAGGUGUUAGGAGUUCUUCUUGGGAAAACCAGCAAGAAAAACUUAUCAACGAUCCUCGGUUCAAUCUCGCGUCAUCAUUUAAAGUUUGGACGCAGUGGGACGAACAGAAGGUGUUGGAAGCCUACCUUUUGGAUCACACUGACGGCAGAGAGGGUUUAGUUCUAAUCUAA